UACUUGCUGUUUUUAUUUGACCAACGACAUUCAUUUCCAAGUUGGUUGAUUCCGAGAAGGAGAGGAGAUGAGGAUGGAAGUGCGCCCAUUUUUGCACCAAAGUCGUGCGUAAAACCUCUUUUUUUUUUCUUUUUUUUUGUUUGUUUGUUUGUUUGUUUGUCCCACCUGUCUGCAGGCGGACUUCUACUAUGACAUUAGGCUCGGACGUGAUGGAGGAUCUUGUCAUCGACGUGGUGGGCGAAGGCGUGCGAGAUAACGCGGACGAGCCGCCGGAGCGCACCGGGGAGCGGGACUCCUGCAGCCCGGCGCAGGCGUGCCCUCCUCCCGCCAAAGCGUCGGUGAAGCCGCCUUACUCCUACAUCGCGCUCAUCACCAUGGCCAUCCUGCAGAGUCCCAAGAAGCGUCUGACCCUCAGCGAGAUCUGCGACUUCAUCAGCCAGAGGUUCGCGUAUUACCGGGAGAAGUUCCCGGCCUGGCAGAACUCCAUCCGGCACAACUUGUCCCUGAACGACUGCUUCAUCAAGAUGCCCCGGGAGCCCGGGAACCCCGGGAAGGGCAACUACUGGACCCUGGACCCCAACUCCUCGGACAUGUUCGAGAACGGCAGCUUCCUGAGGAGGAGGAAGCGCUUCAAGCGCCAGAAUUUCCGCUACGACGCCUUUAAGGAGCGCCACGCCGUUGCGCACGGACAUUACGCGCUGGGCGCCCCGGCCCUCCAGCUGCCCACUCUGGAUAUUUACCCUUACAUGCACCAUCACCACCACCACCACCACCACGCCACCUCCAUCCCACCUGUCCGCAGCAUCCUCCCCGCGCUCUCCAGCUUCUUCUCCCGCAGCGCCAAGGCCUUCCUGCAGGCGCAGCCCACCAUCGAAGCCUUCUCGGCGGCCCACUGCGCCGCCUACUCGGCGCCUCUGACUCCCGGUGCCGCGUUCGCGUCCCCGGCGCUUUACCACCCCGCCUUGCCGACGCCUCACCUGCAUCUCACCUUGCAGCAGGAGCAGCAGAAGGUGCGCGCGCAGCGGCGCGGAACACCUGAGCUGGCGGCUAAGCACCUGAGCGAUGAGUAAAAAGUGGUGGGUGCAGGACUUGAAUUUUCUCAGGUA